UAUCUACAGUGUCACCAUGUCAAUAUUGAUGCGAUCUGGGCAUUACAACCAUGAAUACCACCACAAACAGAGCCAAUAUGUGGUUAAAGAAUACAGCAGCUCUGAGGUGGUGAAAGACGAUUAUAAGCACAAAGCAGAGUCUCGCAUCCAGGGAGUGGUGAGGAAGAAGAUGGUGGAGAAGCAUGUGCGUGAGGAGUCGAUGAUCAGGGGGCCAAAGUUCCUGGCCAGGCUCAGAUCCCACACUGUGUUUGAAAACACUCCAGUCAAGCUGUUCUGUACUGUGGAGGGCUAUCCAACGCCUCUUGUCAAAUGGUACAAAGAUGGAGUUAUUUUGGACAUAUCCUCUGGAAAUUACCUGGUUGAAGCCAAUGUUGGGCUCCAUUCUCUGGAGAUCCUCAAGUGUUCAACUGAUGAUACGGCCCAGUACACUGUUGUGGCUGCAAACAGCCAUGGACAGGCCUCUUCUCAGGCCUCCGUCAUCGUCAAGAGGUUUAAGCAGGAGGAAGAGUCCAGUGUAUAUGCAUGGCUGCCUUACACCACCCCCAUGCUUCCCAAGAUCCAAUACACUAAAAUCAACAUUACUUUUGUGGAGAAGUUUGGUCCAGUGUUUGCUACUGAGGGAGAAUCUGCCACUCUUACUGCCACCAUGACCCUCAGUCCCAACCUGGCCAACCUGCAGCCAGACGCUCAGUGGUAUAGAGAUGACACUCGCUUAUUUGAUUCAAAAUGGGUGAAGAUUGAAACUGGCAGAGGAGUCACCACCUUGACUCUUCCUCACCUCUACAAAGAUGAUGAAGGCCUCUAUACCCUGCGAAUGGUCACCAAAGGGGGCACUGCUGAACACGGCGCAUUUGUCUCUGUCUCAGACGGUCCUUCUCCAGUCCCUGAAGCUCCUGGUGCCCCUAUGGACAUCAAAAUCCAUGAUGCCAACAGAGACUAUGUCAUUGUGUCCUGGAAACCUCCCAACACCACCACAGAGGGUCCAAUCCUUGGAUACUUUGUAGAUAAAUGUGAGGUUGGGACAGAGAACUGGUCCCAAUGCAAUGAUCACCCCAUUAAGAUCUGUAAAUAUCCAGUGCCUGGGUUGUUCGAGGGACACUCUUACUACUUCAGAGUCAGAGCUGUCAACUCCCAUGGAAUCAGUAAACCAUCUCGCAUGUCUGAACCCAUCGCUGCACUGGACCCCACUGAGUUUGAAAGGCUUCAUGCCAAAAAACUGGGUGGAAAACUGGAUGUGGUAUCUUACCAUGAUGACCUUGAAGCUGAAGGCAAGCCUCCAGGUGCUCCAUCGGGAAUGUAUGCCUCAGAAACAGACAGGACAUAUGUUGUUCUGAGCUGGAAAGCCCCAGCUUACUCCAAUAAGGCCCCCAUGUGGUACUACAUAGAAAAGUGUAUGGUGGACAGUGGAUCAUGGCAGCGUGUUAACACCCAGGUCCCUGUUCGAUCACCUCGCUAUGCCGUCUUCGAUCUGGCAGAGGGCAAACAGUACCUUUUCAGGGUUCUCUCUGCCAACAUGUAUGGAACAAGCGAGCCAUCAGAACCAACUGAACAGAUUUAUACUCAGGAACUCAAAGGUGUGCCAUCAGCUCCAGGUCAGGUGAUUGCCACGAGGGAAACAGACACAUCUGUUCUCAUCCAAUGGGCUCCUCCAAAGGAACCCAACAAUCUGAUUGGCUAUUACAUUGACCAGUGUGUGAAGGGAUCCAAGGACUGGAUGUCAGCCAACCACAAACCUCACAAGAGUACCAAGUUUGUCGUCAGUGGUCUCACCAAAGGAGAGACUUACGUGUUCCGCGUGCAAGCUAUUAAUGAGCUGGGUCUCAGUGAUGAAUCCCAGGAGUCCUCACCACUGACCGUCAAAGCUGCUCUCACGCCACCCUCUGCUCCAUAUGACAUUGCGCUGUUGAACUGCGAUGGCCACUCCAUGGUUCUGAACUGGAAGAAGCCUCUUCACUCCGGAGGAGCAAACGUCAAGGAGUACUAUGUGGAUAAAAGACACAGCGGAACAACCAUGUGGAGGGAGGUUCACAUCCCAUCAGUUAAAGAAAGACUUUACAAGGUGGAAGAUUUGAAGGAAGGAGCGACCUAUCAGUUCCAGGUGUAUGCAGCAAAUAUAGCUGGUCUGGGCUCAGCCUCUAAACAUUCAGCUGACUUCACCUGUAAUGCCUGGACCAUGCCAGAACCUGGUCCACCCUUUGACCUGACAUUCUGUGAAGUGAGGGAUAAUUCACUGGUGGUUGAGUGGCACAAGCCUGUUUACUCAGGCUCUGGGUCAAUCACUGGCUAUCAUGUGGAAUAUGCUAAGAAAGGGUCCUCUGAUUGGACCACAGCCAAUGAGACAGCUGUCAGUCACCGCUUCCUGAAGGUAACAGGUCUGGAGGAGCACUCGACCUACGUUUUCCGCAUUCGUGCUGUCAACGAGACAGGCGUGGGCAUGGCCUCUAUGCCCUCCGACCCCGUGACCGCCAAGGCACUUCCAGGUUCCCAGGAGGUGUCCUGUGUGGUGGAAGAAAAGACAGGCGACAUUGUUCUGUCAUUUGAGUCAUGCCAACUAAAUGAGGGAUCUCACUUUGUCUGGAAGAAAAAUUACAAAGAAAUCACAGACUUUUCCGAAGGAGUCGUGGUCAAGACGGAAGGCCACCUGUCAAAGCUGAUCUUUAAACAUGCUCAUAAGGAAGACUUUGGAACCUAUUCCAUCGCUGUCACUAACACAGACGGCGUGUCAGCUAGCCACACAAUCACAGCUGAAGAGUUGCAGAAGAUGCUGACACUCAGCUAUGACAUCAGACACCCAAUCAUCCCCCUGAAGACAGAGUUGGCCUAUAAGAUUUUGGAGAGAGGCAGAAUGAGGUUCUGGCUCCAGGCUGAGGCAAUUUCAUCCAAUGUCACCUACAAAUUCUUUGCCAACAACAAGGAACUUUCUGGAGCUGAUCCCAACAAGAUGGGUCAUGAUGUGUCCACCGGCGUUAUUGAGUUCAUUAUGGAUCAUUUCACUGAGGAGAAUGAAGGGACGUUCACCUGCCAGAUCACAGAUGGAGGUGGCAAAGGACAAAGCUCACUGGUUCUGAUUGGAGACGCUUUUAAGGCAGCGUUGGCUGAGGCUGACUACCAAAGGAGAGAGUACAUCAGAGUCAAGGAGGGUCCCCAUUUCAGCGAGUUCCUGACGGUACAUGUUGGCGAUGACUGCUCCGUCAGCCUGGUCUGCAAGGUUGCCAACUUGAAGAAGGAAUCUGAAUUCCACUGGUUUAGAGAAGAUACAGAGAUCAUACCCGACGUGAAACCUGACCUGGGUUCAGGAGUCUGCAAACUGCCAAUUAAGCUGUUCUCAUUGAAGACAGCGGGAAUUUAUAAGGCAACCAUCAGUGACGACAGGGGAAAAGAUAUGAGCCACAUCGACAUUUCUGGACAAAUCUUUGAUGACGCCAUUAACAAGAUUAAUCAGCUGGCUGGUGCCAGUGCAGCAGAGCUGGUGAUUAACUGUACUGCAACAGGCAUUCAGCUGCAGUGUCACAUGAAGUAUUACACCUCCGAGAUGAACAUCACCUGGAUGCAUGGCGAGUCUAAGCUCUCCCACAGUGAGAAGAUUAUGAUUGGAGGAACUCCUGCUAUGGCAACAAUGGAGGUGAUCGAGCCUACGGACAAAGACAAAGGAUUGUACUCUAUCAUCAUCACAGACCCUGAGAACACACACAAACGCACACUGGACCUCAGUGGAGAAGUCUAUGAGAAAGCCUAUGCUGAGUUCCAGAAACUCAAGGCUGAGGCCUACGCUGAAAAGAACCGUGGUAAGGUGGUGGGAGGACUGCCUGAUGUGGUUACCAUCAUGGAGAAAAAGACCCUGAGUCUAACAUGCACAGUGUGUGGCGACCCCAAGCCGCAGGUCUCAUGGCUGAAGAAUGGAGCCGACGUUGAACCCGAUGAUCAGUACGUCGUGUCCCUGGACCAGGGCAGGUUUGCCAGUCUCACCAUUAAAGGAGUUUCCAUGGAUGACUCUGGGAGAUACACCAUGAUCGUCCAGAACAAAUAUGGAGGGGAGUCCGUUGACAUAGUGGUCAGCGCGUACCGCCAAGGAGAGAAAAUACCAGAAGCAAAACCAACACUCACCCCCAAGACCAUCAUCCCUCCCAAACUCCCUAUUGAGAUCCCUCAGCCCAAAGCUCCCGCCUCCGCCCACCAACCCGCCCCCUCCGCCCACAGCCCCACUCCUCCUAAAGCAGCUGGAGGAAGAGGAGCGAAGAGUCCCACCCCUUCAAGGAGGAAGUAG